AUGCGCUGGCUGAUCGUGGCUCGUGGUUUAUCGGGAAUUGGAGGUGGAGGGAUCGUGAACUCGGUCUGGGUCCUCACAACCGAAAUCGUACCGCCUGGCAGUCAAGCUAAAUGGUCCCAAGCGCUCAGUGUCACAUGGAGUGCUUCAGCCGUAGCCGGCCCUAUUCUCGGUGGGAGCUUUGUAGCUCCAUCCUCCUUACUCAAUGCAUGGGCAAUUCCACUGAUGAUAACCUCCUCCUUAGGCUCCAUCUCGUGGCGUUGGGCUUUGUUCGCUGAUCAUAUUGCCCUUCUCUAUGUGGAUAAUAAUGAUCUCGAUGGGGGCCCUUUGCAAUCCAUGCCUGUCUCUCGUUUGUAUUCGACUCCGGCCAUCAAUUCGCUACCCCUAGUCUACAUCAACUUGCCGAUUGGCAUGGCCGCGCUCACCAUGCUAUGGUACUUCCUCCGAAGAGUCCAUCUCGUGCGCAAAUUACCGGAUGGCUCAGAGGAUACACGACCGAGAAACGUAGCUCUGAAGCAUGCUCUUCGGACGAUCCCCCUCAUUCAAUCGUUAUCCUUUGCCGUUAUGAAUCCCCCUGCCCUCUACACCACCUCCACUUCAUUAUACGAUACUGUUGGCGAAGAAUUGGGCUCACACAUUUGCCUGUCUCCCUCUUUCUAUUUGUGGCUGAAUAGGCCUCCUCAUCUCUGGCGUGUGCGCUCUGAUCCUCGCAGGGAUCUGGGAGACGUUCCAGCCCAAUCCAUCGAAUGCAUUACUUCCCUCGGCAAUAUUCAGAAAACUCACCAUCGUCAAUAUUCUCAUCAUUUCGAUUUUGCACAAUUUUGCAUUCACGGCCGGAACUUACUACAUCCCGCUCUAUUAUCAGGCUCUCCAUGGAACGUCACCGCUCGUAGCCGGAAUGCAAGUUUUACCGUUCUCGCUUGGUGCUGCUUUGGUGACGAUUCCAACGGCUUGGUUCAUCAGUUGGCGCCCUGGGCACCAGUGGAUCGAUCGCACCGUCAAGAUUUGCAUUGCCUUGGGGUUGGCAUUAUCUGCAAUAGGUUAUGGUGCGUGCUCUUCUCUUUUUCCAUUGCCCAUCCCCCACCCACAUUUCCGUUGCCACCGCCAUGA